UGAAACUCUUAAUACCCAUUUAAGAAAUCUGAAUCUUGUGGGUUAUUGGACUUUUUCUGACAUGGGUUUAAGGUAUUUUAAGUCUGAAAGAGCAUCUGGGUCAGGAAUUUCCAUUCUUCUGAGCAGCUUAGCUCAAAUUCUAUAUACAUAUUUCGCACAACUCUGAUAUUUGAUCUGGGUUGCUGGUGUUUUUUAUGAAAUUUGUCUCGGAAAUGAGGAUGGAAGAAGAGAGUCUUCCCCUUAGCGAUGGAUCAGUGGAGCAGAGUAAACCCAAGCAUGGGUUUUGGGAUUUCAUAUGGGCACCUCUCUAUUGGUUCAGGAUGCUUGCUGAGGAAAUGCAUUGGAGUUUUGUUUUGGGUGUAGUUAUUGUUUAUGGAAUCAGUCAGGGGUUGGGAGGAGGUCUGGGUCGGGUUGGCACAGAGUAUUACUGGAAGGAUGUUCAGAAGGUUCAGCCAUCUGAAGCUCAGGUGUACUCUGGAAUUACUCUUAUUCCUUGGUUGAUCAAGCCUGUAUAUGGUCUACUCACUGAUGUGCUCCCUGUUGCUGGAUAUCGCAGAAGGCCCUACUUCAUUUUUUCUGGUGCUCUGGGUAUCAUCUCCAUGCUUUUGCUAGCAUUCCAUAAAAAGUUACAUGUUGUGUUUGCUUUGUUGUCUCUUACGGCGGGGAGCGCUGCUGUAGCCAUAGCAGAUGUUACAAUUGAUGCUUGUGUUGCUCAAAAUAGUAUAAAACAUCAUUCGCUUGCUGCUGACAUGCAAAGCUUGUGCGGACUGAGUUCUUCCAUUGGCGCACUAAUAGGGUUCUCUAUCAGUGGUUUUCUUGUUCAUCUAAUUGGCCCUAAGGGUGUGUUUGGCUUGCUUAGUAUACCUUCUGCACUUGUCUUUUUGGUUGGAAUGGUUCUUAAUGAACCCCAUAUGCCCAACUUUGCCUACAGACUGGUAUUCCAGAAGUUGCUAGAUGCCACUAAGGCCAUGUGGAAAACACUUAAAUGCCCAGAAGUUUGGAGGCCAUGUGCAUAUAUGUACUUGUCACUGGCAGUGAGCUUGAAUAUCCAAGAAGGAAUGUUUUACUGGUAUACAGAUAAAACAGCGGGUCCAUCUUUCUCUCAGGAGAACGUUGGUUUCAUAUUCUCCAUUGGUUCAGUAGGGUCACUCUUUGGGGUGUUACUCUACCAAAACAUUUUGAAGGACUACCCAUUCCGUGCUUUGCUUUUAUGGACACAGUUGAUUUAUGGUUUAUCAGGGAUGCUAGAUUUGAUGUUGGUGUUGCGGUUAAACCUGAAAUUUGGGCUACCUGAUUAUUUCUUUGUCGUGAUUGAUGAAGGAGUUUCUCAAAUGACUGGGCGUCUAAAAUGGAUGCCUCUUCUUGUACUUAGUUCGAAGCUUUGUCCCUCUGGCAUAGAAGGCACAUUCUUUGCCUUAUUGAUGUCUAUUGAUAACAUCGGCAUAUUCACGUCCUCUUGGGGAGGGGGCCUUCUACUCCAUAUCUUGAAGGUUACCCGGAUACAAUUUGACAAUCUCUGGUUGGCCAUCUUGAUCCGCAAUAUAAUGAGAAUUUUGCCAUUGGGUCUGCUAUUUUUGGUUCCUAGCAGUGAUACCACAUCAUCGAUCCUCCCAAAUGAAAUGUUGAACACAAAAGGAGCAGAAACUCUUGAAACUGAGAACAUCGAACUGGUCUCUCUUGUUAACAACACCUGAUUAGAGCUUGGCUGGAAGACAUUCUCUACGUGAAUUUCAGACAAGAAUUACUAUUGCCAGGUGAAUGGCCAACCAUAUUGACCUGAUCGGUUGUGGUGUUGCUCAAAAUGUUCUAAUCUUUUGGCUGUCCUAUGCAGAAAGAUUGGCCAUAUUUUGUCUCAAACAGUAAUUCUGGAUCAAGAAUUACUCUUGGAAGUGACCCAGUGUAUGAUUAUGUCAUGUAUCCUCGUAUAUUUCCAUGCUUAUUUUAUUUUAUUUUUCUUCCAAAUUUCAUUGAUUGUUUUCAACCGAGUACUUUAGUAUCUUUUGUCUCAAUCAUGAUCAGAAUGCUCUC